AUGGCUCUUGUCUUUCCCAGCUUCAAGGCCCUUAGGCAAAUUGGUCUCGAAGCUUCUGAUUCGGAGCAAGACUUAAAGCCGGUGGUUGAAGCAGUUGCCGAAUCAACGAAGGUGUUUGCUGCGGAGGUCGAAGAGGUCGACGAAGCUCUGAAAUCAGCAUUUGCGGCAGCCGGUCUUAACCAACCUAACUCUCCGUCCACUUCGGGUCGGGCAGAGUUUUUCUUCGGAUAUAUUUUUACAAACUUGGGAGAUCUACCUAGCACUUUUUCUGAAGGCAUGGCUGGGGAAAAUCUCACGCAUAUGGCAAGAAAGAGAAAUGCCAAGCGAAUGGCCGUCCGAAAGAAAGCCGAGGCCGCCCAUUCUGAGCCUGCCCCGGUUGAAUCUUUACAACCGGUUACUGGAGAAGAAACGGCUCGAGUUGUUGUGGCUGAGAUGGAGGGGGCUGAACAGCAGGUUACGGAAGAACGGCUGGUUUCAAAAGAGCAAGGCGAAAAAUGUUCCACCGAAAGAGAGGCCGGCUCAAAGGAUAGCCUUGCUGACAAACGGCCUCGCUUAGAGGAGUCCGACGUGGUUGUCCCUUUUGUUGUUCAACCAAAGAUCAAAGACAUGCCAAUCUCCUCUGACACAUCUGCCAUGAAGGAUCCAGCCGUGGCAUUGAGCUUGGCCGCCUCAGUUUCGCUACCGGCUGACAAGAUGGUUAGAAGGAUAGCUGAACUAGGCCGCCGGCAGCGUAAUGUCAUUGAAAGAAUUGGCCGUUUAAAGUUUGAAGCUGAAGGUGAAAGAAGCAGGGUCGAGUUCGAGGCGAUGAGAGCCGCGAUGGAAAGUGCUCGAGCCCAAGCUGAAAAGGAGAGGGCUCGGACUGUUGACCGGCUCAGAUCUAAAGCCAAGGAUAGGGUGAACACGAGCGAGGAGUCGCUCAAGUUAGCCCAGGAGGCAUUUUCCAAGGCAGAGGCCGAGUUAGAAAAAUUGAAGGCGGCCAAGGAAAAAGCCGUAUCUGAAGCUUCUACGACGCUAGAGGCUGGGAAGAACGCCGCCUUGAAGGAAUAUGUAGAUGAGGGGCUCUACACUGCCUAUGAAAUCGACAUGCGUCUCCGUGCUGCCCACCGAGAGAUAGAGAAGAGGGAUGAACGCAUCCGAAGCUUAGAGGCUCGUGCGGAGGCGGCUGAGCGUGAGCUAAAGGAGGUCAAGGCCAUUGAGGCACAACCCGUCGGAUAG